AUGACUCGAGGAAACUGGCGGACGACCUUGUUCACUGCUCAGCUAUACUUAAGCAGCACGAGAGCGAAUGUUUUUGGGAGUAGGCCUUCACAGAUUGCACAAGAGUCACUCUUAGGACAACUCACCUUUCGAGAAAUGUUUUACACAGUUGGAGCAACAACUGCAAAUUUUGACCAGAUGGAAGGGAAUUCAAUUUGCAGACAAAUCCCCUGGAAGAGAGAUGAGAAAAUGCUGGAGGCUUGGGAAUAUGGUAAGACUGGAUUCCCUUUCAUAGAUGCAAUCAUGACACAGUUACGCAAAGAAGGUUGGGUCCACCACUUGGCCAGACAUGCUGUGGCUUGCUUCCUAACAAGAGGUGACCUGUGGCAGCCCUGGGAGGAUGGCAUGAAGGUAUUUGAAGAGUUGCUGCUCGAUGCAGACUGGUCGCUAAAUGCUGGAAACUGGAUGUGGCUUUCCGCAUCUGCCUUCUUCCACCGCUACUUCCGUGUUUACAGCCCUAUUGAGUUUGGCAGGAAAACGGAUCCUCAUGGUGAUUAUAUCAGAAAAUACAUUCCAAAGUUGAAAAAGUUCCCUGACAACUAUAUCUAUGAGCCUUGGAAAGCACCCCUCAGUGUGCAGAAGGCAGCAGGUUGCAUCAUAGGCCAAGAUUAUCCAAGGCCCAUCGUUGACCAUCAGAAGGCCCGGGAGGAGAACCUGAAGCGCAUGGGACAAGCCUAUCAAGCAGAUGAAAAUGCAAAUGUAGGCCCUCUAGAUAUCCAGUCUGUGGAAGUGAUAGUCAGGGAGUGAUGUUUUUCCUGUGUAUGCAUCUUCACUCUUCAAGGGGAAGGAAAAGGCAAACAAAAACAAGCACCAACAAAGAAUGGGCCUCCUGCAAAGAAGAAAAAAUAGAGACCUAGAAGCUUCAUCUCUUCAGAGGUUAAUUGAGGUGACAUGAAUAUCAUGAC